AUGCCCAUAGAUGAUUCUGUCAUUCAAAAGGCCAUUCAGUUAGGUACUACCUAUUUCCAAAAUGAGAACUAUGAAAAGGCUAAACAAGUAUUCGAAAAGGCCAUCAUUUUAACAAAAUCGUAUUCUUAUGAUGAUUUAUUGACAUUAAGAUCACAAUAUGGUUUAGAUCCUCUUCCAACCAAUGGGCAAGUAUUACCACCACCAUCUUCUUCAGCAUCAUCGUCGUCGCCGUCACCGUCGUCGUCACUACCAAAACCUCGAAUAUAUCAUCCAAAAUAUAUCAAAUUAUUAGAUAAUAGAGCUGCAUGUUGGGAAAAAAUGGGUGAAUUGGAAAAGGCAUUAAGAGACGCAACAAAAAUGUGCUUUAUUGAACCAUACAAUUUGAAAUGUUUUAUUAGAAAAGGAAAAAUAUUACAAAAAUUACAUAAAUUGAAAGAUGCCUAUAACACUUAUAAAACUGCCCUAAGGAAUGCAAAUUUCGCUACUGAUUCUUUGAAAAUUAAUGUUUCAAAAACGUUCAUUGAUAUUAUUGUACACCAAAAGAAUUUGGUUAAAGACAAAAUUCUAUCUAGUCGAACCGAUUCACGAGCUCGUCCUCUUUCAUCCUCUUCUUCAAACAGUGAUGUCAGUAAUCAAUUCAAAAGAAAAUUCAUUGAUCCAAUAAGGGAACAACGACAGCAGAAUGGUUCUAAACCGAAAAGAAUAAAAUCACAAUCUAACAUAGAAGAAUCAUCAAACAAGCCCGCGCAAAAUAUUGAUUUUAUUGCGAAAUUACCAUUAGAUAUAAUGCCACUGGUUUUCCAACAAUUCUCAACAAAACAACUGAUACAAUUAUCAUAUGUCUCUAAAACAUGGCAUAGUAAAAUAUUUGCGUUUCCUCACCUUUUUAAAGACUUUAAUCUUAAUGCUAUCUCAUUUAAACAAUUCUCUAAAUUCGAUGACUUUAUUAAAAUGAUACCAAAGACAAUACAUCGUCAACACCAUCAUCAUAACCAUGAAUCGAUCGAUAGCCAACUAAUACGAUCUCAUCCAAUUAGAACUUUACAUAUAUCAUCAAAGUCAAAUAUUGAAGAGACUAAACUUUGCAAGAAUCUUUUCACAACUCUACAAAAUAAUCAAUGUGAUAAUUUGAAAUUGGUAAUACCGAACACAACAACUCACCAUUUAGCUAGAUAUAUAAUACCAAAGACGCGAAUAGUGGAAACAAUCAAAAAGUUAUCACUAAUGAUGACAUUAAGAGCAGAUUAUGAAUAUGAAUGUCAAGUUUUAACAAAAUUUCAAAAUUUGAGAAAUCUUGAAGUACUAUUUGUUAAUUCAAUGGUACCAGUGAAUGAAUCCUUUGAUUCAAUCAGAAUUGAGUUUUUAAGUGAAAACCAAUUGAAACAUUUGGAAUCAAUUAAAAUUCUAUGUGAUUCAACAAAAAUUAGAUCCUUCCCCUUUGUAUCCCAAUUAUAUCAUAUCCAUAACAGUAACAUUAUUACUCAUUUAACUAUAACGGGUGUAACAUUACCCAAUCCAAAUGUAAAUGGAACUGUCGGAUUACCUCUUCAAGAAAAUCAAUUUAGUUGGUUGAAGAAUUUCCCAAAUUUGAAAACUUUAUGGUUAGAAAAUAAUCAAAAUGGUCAAUUAUCCCAAUUUAUGAAAUUAUUACGUGAUAAUCCUAAUUUCCAUAAUUUAGAAAGAUUAACGUUCCGUGAAUUAGCCACCCCUACAGGCUUCGGUUUAGAACCUGUACAAGAUGCAUUCUAUUAUCACUCUAAUUUAAAGGCGUUAAAGGAACUAGAUUUGAUGGGGAGUUCAAUAAAUGGGAUAGGACUAACAAGAUUAAUCUCAUACUGCUUACCAGAAGAAUUAACAAAAUUAAAUAUUGGUGAUUGUCCUUUUAUAAAAUUACAAAGAUUCCCCAAUGAUAAUGACUCUCACGUAUUAUCUUCAUCAAAAUUCUUUGAUGAUGUUUGUAUGUUGAAGGAUUUAUGUCUUUGUCAAAAUGGGUGGUUGAAUGAUAAUUCAGUGAAAUUAUUAAUGGAACAGGCCCCCAUGUUUUCUCAUUUAGAGAAAUUAGACCUUUCAAUGAAUGCAGCAAUUACUGGGGUGUCAAUCUAUGAAUUUUUAAAAGAAUUGAAAGAUCAAAGAGAUGGAGAUCCUUUGGAUUAUCUAAUUAUUGACAGGUGUGAAUCAAUAUCUCAUAUUACUGUUAAUUCAAUUAAAGCUACCCAAUUAGUGAAAAAAGUUGAUUGUGUUUAUGAAAGAGAAAAUUGGAGGAAAUUUGGAAUAAAUUCCUAUCGAUUUCCCUGA